AUGAACCCAAAUCAGCCCGCCCCGUCGUCGCAAUCCGCUGCGCCCAGUACGGGCCCAAUACUGCCGAAAGAUGCAGUUGUAUUGAGCAUGAUGAUGCAGACCCUGUCGAUACAUGAAUGCGAGCCGCAAGUGAUCCCCCUGCUGCUGGAAUACUCGUAUCGCCACAUCACCGACACGCUGAUUGCUGCAAGCUCAUUUGCCGAGCAUUGCGGAAGAUCGCCAUUGACAGAAAUAUCGCUGCAUGACAUCAGAUAUGCAAUCCAGUCGUUGGCAUCUCGGAUUUCGAGCUCUUCGGGCGGCGCAUGUGGGGUUCCCGGAAUCCGCCCGUCUCGGGAAUUGCUAUUAGAGCUUGCGACAAGGAAAAAUGCCGAGCCCUUUCCCAUGUCAACGCAGUUAUCUGAUGGCUCUUCAAAUUCGAUUGCAGGACGCACCGCCCUUAGGCUGCCGCCAGAUGAGCUAUGUCUACUUGGACAACAGUCGCACCCGAUGUCGGUUAACCCCCCACUUCACCACAUUAACAAAUGA